AUGGAUGUUCCUUGUGGAAUAUAAACUACAAUAUCUAUUUCAAAAAGCUUCAGUCGUCUUGGAAGUGAAACUCUAAAUUAUUACCUUAACAAUGUUCGAGGUAAGGUUUCACCAAACGAGAUGAGAUAAAUUAUUACCUAGAAAGCUGGAGACAACUCUAAAGACUAAGAUCUGAGAUUGUAAGAUCAUUUUGGCCAUUAUGAUGAAGAUGAUGACUCGAGUUCUUUCAUCGCCUUCCUCACAUGUCUCGUCGCUCAAAUACUCACCUCGCAGAGUGAUUCGAGCUUCACGAGAUCAUCUUCGUGCUGAAACUCUAAAGAGUCAUCAACUUCCUUCAGGCUCCUCCUCCACCAGCUUAUGUUCCUGUGGAAGAAAACAUUUUCUCGAAGCAGCUAGCCCGACGAUGCCCUUUCUUCCUAUUUGUUCACCUAAUGCUUCGCGUUCCAAGGAUGUUUCAGAAACAUUUCAUCCUCAGAGGCCAGAUUGGUAUAAGGAGCUUUUUGCUUGGUUCUUGAGCACAGGAAUGCGAUCUUAUGAAGCAGAGAUCGCCGAGUACAAGAGGAAACUAUUCGAAAAACUGGCUGGUAAAGCAGAAACAGUGCUGGAGAUUGGUGUUGGUACUGGCCCUAAUCUGAAGUACUUUGCUGGUAAUGAAAACGUCUGUGUUUUUGGUAUGGACCCGAACCAUAAAAUGGAAAAGUACGCAUGUGAAUCUGCCAGAGAAGCUGGGAUGAAACCUGAAAACUUUAGAUUCAUGCAUGGAGUAGGAGAAGCUAUACCAUUAGAUGAUGACUCUAUGGAUUCAGUGGUUGCAACACUUGUUCUAUGUUCUGUCUCUGAUGUCACUCAAACACUAAAUGAGAUCAAGCGGGUGCUGAAACCGGGUGGGAUUUUCUUAUUCAUCGAGCACGUAGCGGCUAAAGAUGGAUCUUUUUUUAGGCAUGUUCAAAAUGUACUGGAUCCAAUACAGCAAGUAGUUGCAGAUGGAUGUCAUUUGACAAGAAACACCGACUUACACAUUUCGGCUGCGGGUUUCGAUGGUGGCACUGAGAUCAACGAUACGGCAAUCUAUAGCUUCCCUUGGAUUAUAAGACCUCAUGUCUAUGGAGCAGCAUACAAGUAAGGUUUCUUGCUUACUACAAAGAGUCAAAUGUUGACUUCAUUUUCCUGUUUAUGCAAACUAAUUCCAAUAUUUGAAACAUUUGGCCACUCUUUGUUGUGUCAAGACUCCUAUGAAAUGUUAUGUGAACUACUGGUUGGCUUUCUUGGGUUUAUUUGUGAACUAAAACGGGCCAAGUUUGGGCUAAGAUUUAUGAGACAAGUCAAAAGCCCAUGAUCAUGGGAAACGUUCUUCUUUGGACGUGAGAGUCCGAGACAACCAAAAAGUUAUGACAGCCCACUUUCUUUCAGAACACACAUUUUAACCUUUUUCAUUCCAAUAGUACUUUCCAAUUUUCAUAUCAUAGGAAUAUACCAAAGAUAGAGUGUUUUGAGAGACGGUC